AUGAGGUUCAGUAGCGGACUGGCCGCAACCAUCAUAAGAGAACGAGAGCACCUCAAAGAUGCACCGAUUACAGAAGGCGAAUUUAACGCGUGUUACGCCAAUGCCAUUGGUCUCGUUAUGGUCGCAACGAUCUUCGGCUUGAUACGAGCAUGUGCCGACUGGACAGAUCUAUCGCAGUGGAAUCCGACGUACUGGGUGGCAAACUUUUUAAUACCGCACAUCAUUCAUCUGGAUGAUGCCAUACAAUCAUCAAAAGUUGAGCGCUCAAGCUCCUUGAACGAAGCGUGCGACAAUCUAGACGCGCACGCCUUCUUGACCUUUAAAAAACGCCAGGGCUAUCGACGUUAUGUCCGUCGUCAAGUUGUGCAAGUUGCUGCCGCUGGAACGGUGCUAGUUGUUUUUCCAGUAGCUGUGAUAUCCAUAUGUAGCGCAAGCUCACCGGUUGUAGCUUCUUCGGCGCUGAAUGCGACUUUAAAUGAGCUGUUUGCUAAUGCGUUGCAGCCUGCAGACGUCGAUCUUCCACUCAGUGAUGUACUGCGUGGCGAGCCUUGGGCGGAAUUGUUUAUUCAUCAGACUGAGCAGUACGAGCUAUUUGGUAGUAACUCAUUGUAUCGACGCACGACUGGAUUUCAAGGUGACCUUGCAUUUGACGUUGACGUCAAAAGUGACGAUCCACCGAAUGUGUUAGUCAUUGGUAUCGAGUCAUUUCGGUUUCAAGACUCGCGGUAUCUUGUUGGAGCAGUCGAUCUGUCCAAUCUGACUAAAGGCACCGAUUUAUCCAUCACCCCAAACUUUGAUCGGUGGGCCAAGCGCGGCGUUGCAUUUCGCAAUAUUUGGUCAAGUAAUCCUACGAGUCGCUCGUUGGAAAGUAUUCUGUUUGCACAAAUUCCGUACAAUAGCGCAGUUCGGACUGGUAUCACGGGUGGUGGAAAAAAUAUCAAGCUGGCAGGCAUGCCCCAGUUCUUUAAGCAAAAAGAGUACAAGACGUGGUUUACGACAGGAUCUUCGAUUGACUUGGAUGGUUGGAACGUCUUUUUGCCAACUCAUGGCUUUGAUACUGUCUGGGAUGUUAAAACAAUGAUGAAAUAUGCGGAAGAAAACUAUGGUAUCCAUCGUGACGACUGGCAUGGUACUGCACGUCGCGGAUUUAAUUGGGGCGUUCACGAUGAUAUAAGCUUUCAAAUUCUGGGUGACCUUCUUGUGAACACGACACGGGAGCAAAGUGAGCGGGUUAUGAAAGGAAAGCCUAAAAAUCCGUCAUUUAUUACGCACUAUACCAUCUCAAGCCACGCUCCAUACGAUGCGUGGCCAACCUGGUACGCUGACUUUGAUAAGCCCGACUUUUCCAGAUUUUAUAACGAUCACCCGCACGCCAGUAUGAUCAAGCGCUAUCUUGAAGUCCGAUACUUUACCGAUGUAGAACUUGGCAAGUUUAUGGAUCGCAUGGCUCGAGAGGGUAUUUUAAAUGACACGAUCGUUAUUAUCACGGGUGACCAUGGUCAAGCACCUGAAGCGGAUGUCACUAACACUCAUGAAGUGUCCAUGACGCGCGUAGCAGCUACUAUUGUUGCAGAAGGACGACUAGGAGAUGCUGUAGGCUUGAUCCUCCAUGAUGCAGUGGAACACUAUGACUUUCUUAACACGCUGGCAGAUAUCACUGGCGUUCCCGAGGAAGGUUUCUCUCAGAGCGGAGUUGGCCGCUCACUCAAGCGCAAGGUUCCAUACGGUGAGCGUGUCAUCUUUUCCAACGAACCAAAUCGGAAAUUGUCGAUUGUUCGUGGCCACCAACGUCUACGGUAUGAUAAAGUGAGUGACUCGAUGAUGCUGCACGAUACCGAGAGCGAUCAUGCCAUGAACAUUGAUCUCUUUCCGAAUCUGACAGCUGAAGCACAGGCCGAAUGGCGACUCUGGCGUGACAAUGGCCGUCGUUUAGCAACUUACUUCACGAACCGAUGGGAUCAGAAUUGCUUGCUGGCUGUCGAUUGUACAAUGUCAGGAACAUAA